AUGGCACUUCUCUUCAGUCGAUUCUUCGUCCUAUGUGCCGUGGUCGCCUGUACGAUCUUCUCCUUCACCUGGCUCUGGCUAUUAUCCUCACAGGAAUUUGGGGAAAUCGUUCCUUUGACACCGGAAAGGUUCCAGACACCCAACCCAUUCAAGCAACGAUUGGUGGUGUUUGGGGACUCAUGGAGUGACAAUGACACCGAAAACCUACCAGGGAAGGUGUGGACCGACUGGCUUUGCUCGAUGAUGGACUGCCGGCAAGACAAUCUAGCACAGACCACGCCGUCUCGACCACAGGGCAAAUACACCGGCUGCGUAGUGGACAAGACAGAGCUCGAGCUCUGGGACCAGCUGUCUCAGACACGGCUGGCCGAUUUCAAGACGCAGCUUCGUGACUGGCUCGACGCCGAGUCCCAGGCGACGAAAGGGCUCUCGACGGCGGCGAUCCGCAGACUCCAGGACCACACCGUCUUUGUGGUGGCCUUUGAAGUGUGGGACAUCUGGAGCCUGGCCACAAAGGACCCCGAGCAGGCGGCGCCAUCGGUCGAGCGUCGCAUCAAGACCCUCCUGUCGCAGCUGGACCUGCUAUCCGCGCGCUGGGGUGCGGCCGAGCUCAAAGUCAUUCUGACACAGGCCAUCGACGUGACCUUCUUGCCGGCCUUUGGGUACACGGGCGCCCGGAACAAAGACACGGUGCGGAUCGUGGGCCUUUGGAACCGGAGACUGCGCCAGGCCGUUCGGGCUUGGGACCGUGGCUCCAUCUACUUGUUUGAUACUAAUACCUUUCUGAUGGAUCGCAUUCGGGACUGGCAGCUCUACGCAGCCGGCAUUGAAGAGGAUAAUGGACUAGGCAAGAAUACGGACCCUGGAUGGGAGAAUGUCGUGGAUCCCUGUGUCGAAAGCGGCGACGAGGUCAUGAUGAACGAGAUACACCUGGGACCUUCGGCGCACCGGCUCUUGGCGACAGAGAUCCACCGCGGCGUUGAAGAAAUCUUGUUGAGUCCCAAGCUGUCACCACCAUCAGACGAGCGCCACAGCCGACGGGGAUCUGCAGCUUAG